AUGGAGGCGAGCGACGAUGAAGAUGAAAAUGAGGACGGAUGGGUAAUUCCACCUACCAAAGAAAAAGAGGAGGGAGAUGAUAACAAGAGGUUCUUCAUAUUGGAUCAUUCCUACCUUAAAGAGUACCAAAGGAAAAUAUAUGAUCUUACUACCAACAAAGUAUAUGCCUCAAAAACACUAGUGUACUUGGAGAAAGAUGGAACAUUGAGUCCGAGAGGGAUAAUGUUAAUAGAUGCAGUUGGAGAAGAUGAAUAUGUAAAGAGAUUUUAUUACCCUGCAGAGGAUGGGGUCAAUGGAGCUCUAUGGAGGAUAGCGAAGGCAUUCGUAGCAGUGAACGACUCGGGCCAUCAUCAACUUGUUAGCCACUGGCUUUACACGCAUGCAGCAAUUGAACCCUUUGUUAUAGCGACAAACAGACAGCUCAGUGUUAUGCACCCGAUCUACAAGUUGCUGAGCCCUCACUAUAGAGACACCAUGAACAUGAACUCCUUGGCUCGCCAGCUCCUCAUACACGCAAAUGGACCCGUAGAGAGAAACUUCUUUCCCGGAAAAUUCGCAAUGAGUUUGACAUCAGAGAUUUAUAAAAGCUGGAACCUCAUGGAUCAUGCACUCCCAACUGAUCUCUGCAAAAGGGGCGUAGCAGCAAUGGAAAACAACAAAACCCUCCGUCUCCUAAUUUCUGACUACCCCUACGCAGUCGACGGCCUUGAGAUCUACUGUGCCAUCCAAAACUAUGUCUCCUCCUACUCCUCCCUCUACUACACCACUGACAUCUCCCUCCAAUGUGACGUAGAGCUCCAGACCUGGUGGACCGAGCUCCGCGAACUUGGCCACGGGGACCUCAAACACGAAACCUGGUGGCCCAACAUGCAAACCCUAUCAUCCCUAACCGAAGUUUGUACAAUCCUCAUCUGGCUUGCCUCUGCCUACCAUGCCUCCCUCAACUUCGGCCAGUAUGCAUAUGCUGGCUUUGUCCCAAACCGACCCACAUUCAUUCGACAUCCAAUGCCAGAUCCUAAAGAGUAUGAUGAGAUUGAAAAUGACCCUGAGGGGUUGUUACUUAAGAGUAUAACGAGCAAGGCACAGGCAUUAACGGUUAUGUCAGUGUUAGAGAUUUUGUCGAUGCACUCGAGUGAUGAGGUCUAUAUUGGGCAGAGGGAGGAUAAGGAGUGGACGUCGGAUCGAAGGGCAGUGGAGGUUUUUGAGAGGUUUAGAGAAGAGCUGGUGAGGAUUGAGAAGAGGAUCGAGGAGAGGAAUAAGGAUGAGAGGUUGCAGAAUAGGAUAGGGGAGGUUGGUGUUGCUUAUACUUUGCUCUAUCCGAGUACUUCAGAUUUUAGGAGAGUUGCGGGGAUUAGUGGAAGAGGGGUUCCUAAUAGUGUGUCUGUCUGAGAUUUUGGGUGAUUUUACAGAGUUAGUGUUAAGAGGGAUUUUGUUGUUUUGUAUUUGAUUUUGUUGUAUGUUUUAUCU